CCGUAGAGGCGGCGGCGGCCGUGACGGGCGGCGUUGGAGACUCGGCAGCGCGCCGGGCACCUCGAGGCCCUCUUCCCUUACAGCAGGCUCUCCGAAUCGGAGGUUCCUUCAGCUGCCGGGGUUCUCCACGAGGGCUGAGGAGAAGGCCUGCGGGCGGCUCCCGGGGCUGCGUGAAGCGGGCCGGUGCCCUGUCAGCGCGAUGCGUUGUCGGGCGGCAGCGGCUGCGAGCCCCGCGCCACCCCGGCAGUGACCGCCACGCCACGCCACGCCACGCCGAACCGGGCCGGGCCGGGCGGCUGGGGGCCGUUGGACGUCUGUUUUCGCAGCCUUCCCCUCCCCCCGUCGUCGGAGACUCCUCCCCCUCGCGGCCGCCGCCCCUCCCCCUUACACACCCGCACGCACUAUCGCGCCGGCUCCCACACGCUCGCGCGCCUCCGUGUCGGCCGGCGACGUGCAGGGCCCGCCGAGCCACCAUGUCCACUGCCUCCUCCUCCUCCUCCUCCAGUUCCUCUCAGACCCCUCAUCCCCCGCCGCAGAGGAUGCGGCGCAGCGCCGCGGGCUCCCCGCCCGCCUCCGCCGCCACCGGCACCGGGAGCGGGAACAGUGCGGGCGGCGGAGGCGGCGGCGUGGGCUGCGCCCCGGCUGCGGGCAGCGGCCGGCUGCUGCAGCCCAUCCGAGCCACGGUGCCCUACCAGCUGCUGCGGGGCAGCCAGCACAGUCCCACGCGCCCGCUCGCCGCCGCCUCCGCCGCCUCGUUGGGCAGCCUCCCGGGGCCCGGCGCGGCCCGCGGCCCCAGCCCGCCCAGCCCGACGCCGCCGGCGGCCGCAGCUCCGCUCGAGCAGGCGCCGCGGGCCAAGGGCCGCCCGAGACGGUCCCCUGAGAGCCACCGGAGGAGCAGCUCACCUGAGAGACGGAGCCCCGGCUCGCCCGUGUGCAGAGUGGACAGGCCAAAAUCUCAGCAAGUUCGAACUUCUAGUACAAUAAGGCGGACCUCUUCUUUGGAUACGAUCACAGGACCUUACCUCACAGGACAGUGGCCACGGGACCCUCAUGUUCACUACCCUUCAUGCAUGAAAGAUAAAGCUACUCAGACACCCAGCUGUUGGGCAGAGGAGGGAGGAGAAAAGAGGUCAUCACACCAGCGCUCCGCGUCCUGGGGAAGUGCUGACCAACUCAAAGAGCAGAUUGCCAAACUGAGACAGCAGCUGCAACGCAGUAAGCAGAGUAGUCGGCACAGUAAGGAGAAAGAUCGGCAGUCCCCUCUUCAUGGCAGCCAUAUAACAAUCAGUCACACUCAGGCUUCUGGAUCAAGGUCAGUCCCUAUGCCACUGUCCAGCAUAUCAGUGCCAAAAUCAUCUAUUUCACGUGUGCCCUGCAAUGUAGAAGGAAUAAGUCCUGAAUUAGAAAAGGUGUUCAUUAAAGAGAAUAAUGGAAAGGAGGAAGUGUCUAAGCCUCUGGACAUCCCCGAUGGCCGAAGAGCUCCGCUCCCUGCCCACUACCGCAGCAGCAGCACUCGCAGCAUCGACACGCAGACCCCGUCUGUGCAGGAGCGCAGCAGCAGCUGUAGCAGUCAUUCGCCCUGUGUCUCCCCGUUCUGUCCCCCGGAAUCCCAGGACGGUAGCCCCUGCUCCACAGAAGAUUUACUCUACGACCGUGAUAAAGACAGUGGGAGUAGCUCACCGUUACCCAAGUAUGCUUCAUCUCCCAAACCAAACAACAGCUACAUGUUCAAACGGGAGCCCCCCGAGGGAUGUGAGCGAGUGAAGGUCUUUGAGGAAAUGGCGUCUCGCCAGCCUAUCUCGGCCCCUCUCUUUUCAUGUCCUGACAAAAACAAGGUUAAUUUCAUCCCAACUGGAUCAGCUUUCUGUCCUGUAAAACUUCUAGGCCCUCUCUUACCUGCCUCUGACCUGAUGCUCAAGAACUCUCCCAACUCCAGCCAGAGCUCAACUCUGGCCACUCUGACCGUGGAGCAGCUCUCCUCCCGGGUUUCCUUGACGUCCCUCUCCGAGGACACCAGCCCAGCAGGACACCAGCCCACAGAGGCCUCGGUCCCGCAGCCAGCCCAGCAGCAGCAGCUCCUGCAGGAACUGCAGGGCGAAGAGCCCCUCUCUGCGCAGAGCUUUGUGGUCAUCUAACGCCAGGGGAGCUGGCCUCCUCCCCCCUUCCUCAGAUGAGGCCUCUGUCUGCAUGGAGUGAUAGGCCUUCCAAACACCACUGACUCCACCAGCGGAACACUCGGCAGUGUCAGCAAGCAUCUCCGCACACUGAUCUUGGCAGGGACGGGACUCCUAUCCAGCAGAUUUUGUGGAAAGCAGUAAUGCUUGCAAAAUGUGUGUGUCAUUGAGCAUUUUAAGUGGAGACUAUGCAUUUCAUAGUAUGUUUGACAAAUUAGUACUGUGUCCUGUGUUUUGUUCCAAAUUCUUCAGUAUAAAUAAGCUCUAUAUCAAAAAGUUGCCUGUCUAAAUAGAAAAUGUCUUGCUGUGUUUUGUCCUAUGGAAAAUACUGUACUUCAGGAUUAUGUUUACAAUUGAUCCAGGUGUUUGUUCUAACUUCUGUAAUACAUACAAUGCAAAAACAAAUGGCCACAACAGUUGCACAGUGCCCACCCUAUGGCCUAGCUUCAGGUACUUCAGUUGAAGUCUAAACUCAGGUAACUUGGAAUGUAUAUCAUAUUGGGAUAUUAAAUAUUUCACAGCUAAAAAGCUAAAGAGGGAACAUCACUCUUUUGCCUUUCCUUAUUUUAUGCAUUUCCUUUUCCUCAUUACAUUCCACAUUCUUAGAAUAAGCAGUGCAUUCAACCCAAGGAGAAUGAGAGUCCUGGACAUGGGUGAACAUGAGAACCAGCAAAUCUGUGGUGUGUGACAUCGCUUUUGUCAUGUGGUUAGAGUAGAACAACUGUUGCAUUCAUUGUUUCAGCACGUGUCCCCGUGUUGUGUUGCUGUUGUGUUGCUCGGUGACUGUUGCAUUGUUGCAAAUGAAGUGUUGAGUACUAGACUGUGAACAUUCCUCAUCCUGCGUGAGGACAUGGAAACCUGGCAGUGUCUCGGUUUCAUCGUAAAGCAAGUGAAGUUUCACAAGGAGUGGUUGGAUUUGCCUUGCUGUCACUCAGCCCUGACUGCUGCCUGCUUAGCUAAAGGCAUCUUUGUGUUUGCUUUCUCUGUGGAAGAUGGUUUCAUUGGAGAUUCGGCCGCGGCGCCCUUGUGACCGUGCGCAGGCAGUUCAGGUGCCCGAGUUGCAGUCACAGAACGAGGGGAUCUCAGACUGACACAAGAUAAGAAAGCAAGUUAUUUGGUGACUUAGAAAAGCAAUUAUUUGAAGCAGUCUGAUUUAAGCCUCACGUAAGACUAUCAUGAAUAGUUUAAAGAUUUGGGGAGUGUAACAACCUCUGUCCAGAUAAACAGCCUUGAACUUGCAGAGUCAAGUUCUCCAGAGAGGUGAGCGGGCAGGCCCAGAUACUGCUGACUGGGCAAGGGUGAACAGACUGGUAGGUGUUGUUUUCAGUAGCACAGAGUGUCCACGAGUUCAGGGGAAUGCGUGCGUUUUGACUCAGGCUUGAGUUCUGGGAAACCUGGCGUUGUUUGCUCUGCACGUCACGCACCGGGCCUGGGCCUCGUAGGAAUUAGAGCGCCUCCUGAAAGAAGGCGCUUCUUUCCCUAGAGCCGCCCCUGAGCUUCUCUUUGUUUUGUGUAUUUUCUAAGGAUGUUGAAGAAUAAUGGAGGGGAUAUAAAAGGGAAGUAACACCAUUGAUUUUUUUUAAAAAGAAAACUAGGGGUGUGUGUGUGUGUGUGUGUGUGUGUGUGUGUGCUUGCGUUUUGUGUAUUGUUGUCAUGAUCCCAAUUAUCUCCACCAAAGUUUGCAGUAAUAUUCUCCCCUGAAGGUGCGGCGGGCUCCUUCCCAUCAGUCAGUGUUACAUUGUAGGGGACUGUCAUGGAGACAGUGACUCAGUUCACUUUUGCCAUUUUUCACAGGGGAACCUUUUCAAACAAUCUUUUCAACAGCAGACACCUUUAACCCUAAUAAUCUCAGGCCUUGAUGAAAAUACUAUAUUUUGUAGAUUAUGGUUAAAGGGAGAAAAUUCCUAGUUCUGUAUGAUAAAUAUGAGCUCCAUUUAACUUCUGCUGUCCGGUUCGGCAUCAGCUGAUCGAUUGAUCUUGUGACCUGGUUUUGUCCAACUAAGAUGCAAUAGUAUCAAUUUCAGAUUGAUGGACUGAAUAUGCUUUUCUGGUGAUGAAAUCUGAUGUACGAUAUUUAUAGUGACACGUGCUUUUAUUUUUCUCAUGAAAAACUAUUAAUUGUGUUGUACAUUUGUUCUUAGCAUAUAUUAAAGUUUUGAACCAAAUGUGUUAAAGCUUAUGCUUUGCCAUGUAAAUUUCCCAGAAGUUGUUGAGCUCAAAUGUAUCCUACAUCCAGCUGUAGAAAUUUGUCAGCGGUUGUUUAAAUUUUGUAUAUAGUUGUACUGUUUAAUUCUGGCCACUGCGCUGAACAGUAUUGAGUUAUCAGACAAUAUGGCUUUACACAAGGAAAUGUGUGGCUUCUGUUUUGUAUUUUUUCAGUAGAGAAGUUCCUGUGUCUUAUUUAAAUAAAGUUAUUAGUAAAACUGGA